UCACAACACGACUGUUCAACAACAAAGAGUAAGCAACAACCGAAUUCGCAGAAACACCGAUACAAUUUUCGGUGUGCACAAUAAACAAUUUCACAAAUUUAUUAAAUAUCAUCGAUUCGUUUUAUUGAUUUGGUUUCACGUUGAGUUUCGUUUGGUUAUUUUUUUUUGCGGGUGCAAAAAAGAAAUAGAUAAUAUGAAUACACGUAAACGUAAUCGGAAAAUGAAUGUCACAGAAAUAGCAAGUACGCAACAAAUUGAGUCAAAAAUUUGUAGAACCAAUGAAACUACACACACAGAUGCGUUGGACACAGACAAUUCAAAUGAAGAUAAAAUUGACACAAGCGUUGAAAUAAUGAACGUCGAUGAAAAUGAUUUAGCGACUGGUUCUGCCGAACAAGUGAAUGAUGAUGCUAUGGUUAAUUCCCCGGAAUUAGAACAAAAUUCUAACUCGGGCGAUCAAUUGUGUCAAGAAGAAAAUACUAACAGAGACGAAGAAACAGACAGACUGCAACGCGAAGUUGAUAUUUUGCUUGCGGCAAUUUCCGAAUCACAACGUCCAAGAAAUGCCAAUAUCCAUGACAGUGUCAGCGAAAAUGUUAAUGACAGCGAUGCCACCAUCAUUAUUGAUACAAUUGAUUUUGAACACCGUUAUGCUGCUUCUGCCACUGCCCAGAGAGAAGCCACAGAAGUGGCAAGUAAUAUUGCACCUACAGCCAGUACAUCGGCACAAGCCGCAGCCAAUGAGCUGCAAGCUUCAGCCAACAACAAUGUCGAUGAUAGCGUAGUGCUGAUUGAUGACACAAGUCCACGUACAGUUCGACCCACUGCAAAUGAUGACGAAGAAGAUGUAAUUUUUGUGACCGAGUCACGUGGUUCACAACGAUUUCGUACGAUUGCAACAAUUGAUUUGUGCGAUACACCAGAUACUUCAUACACACGCCCACCAGAUGCCAAUCAAUUGAAUGAACCCGAAACGUCGUCGUCGUCGUCGUCGAACAAUCAAUCAAAUGCCGUUGCCGCUGUCGCCGAUGCUCCAGCAGCACCCAGUCACAAAACAAAGUGCCCAAUUUGCUUGGAAACAUAUGGUUUCGAUGAAAUUCUCUCUACAAUGUGUGGUCACUUGUACUGUGGUCCAUGCAUUCGAAACGUGAUCAAAACGCGCAAGAAAUGUCCAAUGUGCAAUCGAGCGCUGAAACAGAAUCAAGUUCAUCGACUUUUUUUCGAACCAUAAAAAUUGAAAACUCUCAAAUGUAAAUGUUAAGUAAUACACUCAUCCGAAUGAAAGCGAACAAAUCUAUACAACAGAAUCACUUUCUAGUUUCCUUCUGAUAUCAAAAAAAAAAAAAAACAUUGAAUA